AUGUCCACUUCUUGCAACAGCGCGGCCUUUGGGUUUCUGCAUUUGCCGUCAAUAAUCUGUGUCAGUUUCUACUUCGAUUCGCGACGAGCACUCGCCAUAGGCAUCACCAGUUGUGGGACCCCCCUCGGGGCCAUGGUUUUCGCCCCACUCACCGAAGUGCUGUUAAAGAAGUAUGGAUGGGCCAACACGUUGAUUCUUUUCGCGGGCAUGCUUCUCAACUGCACAGUGAUGGCGGCACUCUACCGGCCACUGACACCCGCCCUCGUGCUCACCCCCAUGAAGUCCAAGGAAGCCGAUGCAAUCAAGUCGCUGCUGCAGCUGGCCGCCCAGCCCCCUGAGGGUUUAGACGCGGGGGACCGAGUGGGUGGCACAACUCCCGUCAUGUCCCAACGCGACCUGCGCGAUCAGCCAGUCAUGGAGGAACCGGAGGGAGAAGCAGAGACAGCCUUUGAGGCAAAAUCCGAUUCCGAAACGGUAACCGAACAUGACAAACAGCCGCAACAACAACAACUACUACCACAACCCACACAACUGGAGCCGAUUUCGGAGAGUCCAGAAGGGGAGUUGGAAGCGGACGAUAAAAUCUACCAUGAAGAGGCUGGUGGUGGCGGAAAAGAGGAAAAAGAGAUUGAUGAGGCUGUGGAGGCCAAAAGUCACUCUCAUCCCCACCACCAUCACCACCACCAUCGUAGGCGCAGAGAUCAUCGUCAAACAUGGCAACGGCACCUCAACCAGCAGUACAGUCGUUGGCUCCAGGGGAUUCGGCUGUUAUUUGGCUCAAAGAACAAAAAUGACGUGGCGUUUGAUGACGACGCCGACGACAGCGACUCAUCGGGCUUUGAGUCCAGCAUCUCAACCUGCGGAUCAUCGUGUGACGAAGAGAACUCACAUUGGGAUUCUUCUGAUGCUGAGGUUGUAGAGGGAGCUGAUGGCGUUAACCCAAAUGAACUACUUGGGACGCUUGAAUCGCAAGAUGCUAAUAAGUUACAAGAAAAGUUACGUCCACCAAUUAAGUCGACGCGUCACAGGGCUGUGAGCAGUGACUGCAAUAACCUGGGGGUUUCACCCAACGUCAGAAACUUGGGUGACAAUGCAGGCAAGGUCAUAAGGGCUCCGUACAGAGCACCAUCCGCUUCUGAGUGUGUGCUUUCAGCCCCCAAUCUUGACAGGCACAGUAAAGAUUACUCGGGUCGGCCAGUCUCAUCAAUCCGCUCACACAAGAAGCAACGUCGAACGCAUCAAUCGGAAUGUCACUCGAGCAGGUUUCAAUUGAAGCCCAUUCCACGGCAGUCGGUGGUGCAUCUGGCCCACGCCUCUGUGCCGCGCCGCCGAGCCGAAUCGGUUGCUAUGUCAGUGCUGUCGCAAAGCCAUUUAAGUGCUCUUGGUUCUCAAUUUUUCACCUCCGCGGCAGGCGGUAUUGAAAACGCAGAAAUCAGAGGCAUAGUUUCGACGCUAGAACUUGCUGACGGGGCUCCUGUAAUUGUGGAACUACCCCAUGAGAGCAUAACCGUGGAAGACUAUGCCAGACCACUGUACAGGAAGGAUAUUUUCUUCCCGUAA